UAUGUCAAAUCAAGUUAUUCAGUAUAUCCAUAGAAAAACUACCAUAUGGAAACGCAGAUUCUUACUGAUGAGGAAAACUCAUUAGAUAAUAUAUCUUUUGAGGACAGUGAUUUAUUGACAAAGCAGCAUGAUUCUCAAUUAGCUCAAUUAAUUGCAGCAGGACCAGUUGGCGUAGCUGCUGCUGCAGCAAUUGUGUCAUGUCAGAAAAGAAAGAAGAAUUUUAUAUUUGAAACAAAUCCAUCUCUAAGAAAAAGAUUGCAAACCAGGUUAUUGAGGAAACUAAAAAAUACAAUUAAUGAAUAUGCUUCAAGAAUUGGGCAUCAAGCUACAUUAAUAAUUUAUAAACCAACAAAAUCCGAAGCAGACAAUGCUAUAAAAAUAUAUGGUACAAAACCUUUAGAAGAUGUGGUAAAAAAUUGGAAGCAAGUAAUUAUAGUGGAGUUAGAAAAAAUAUUGUCACAAAAAUCUAGUUUGUAUCAAAAUCAAUCUCUAGUUCAUAAUAAUCAACAUCAGUAUGAGCUUCCACCAUUAGUAGUUGAUGGAAUUCCAACUUAUUUAGAUAAAAUGACACAAGCUCAAUUAAGAUGUUUUAUCCCUCACAUGCUUAAAUUUGCAACAGGGCGCGGCAAACCUGGAUGGGGAAGACUCAACACUAUACCUAUUUGGUGGCCAAAAAGUGUACCUUGGGCUAACGUUAGAUCUGAUAUACGAACUGAACAAGAAAAACAAAAGGUUUCUUGGACGGAUGCUCUGAGGGAAAUAAUAAGAAAUUGUUACGUUUAUUAUAGUAGAUCGGAUCUCUUAUCCUCUCCUACUGGCGUACCUACUGAUCCGCAUCCAAAAUACCUUUCUCAACACAGUGAAAGUAACGAAUGCGUUGAUAAAAUAGGUCUUAAGCGUAAAAAGAAGAUAGUUAAAGAUUCUAAGCAACAAAAGACUUAUCAAUUUGAUAAAAUCUCAGGCAAUUUGGAUCUGAUAAAUCAGGCGGAACCCCAGAUAGUGCUGAUAACGCCCGAUCAAUUAGCUAGCUUGGUUCAAAAUCACAAUAACACUAAUUUAAACUUCUCCAAAAGUGAAAUUGGGAUUUCCCAUGCAAAUAAUCUUUCGGGAGCUAAUUCUUUAAUUAACGAUGGAAACUUAUCUUCCAAUGUUAAUUCUUAUCUCUCCAACCUUUUUUCUCAAUCCACUCUUCCUUUAAGACUUCAGGAGAUGAAGCAAGAUGACUUGCUCCAAAAUUCUUUAAAUGCCUUAAGUUCUUUUAGAAUCGAAUCAAGCGCUACUUCUAAAACUACCACGUCAGAAAUGAUAGUUAUGUCGAAUCAACAAAACUCUCUCUUCCCACCCUCUACCUUAACUGACUCCACUCAUUCACUUCUAUUUGACACGCUGAACUCAAUCCACAACCAAACUAAGUUAAAUAAGCCACAACCUACAGUGAUGCUUCAAAUACAAACUUUUCAAAAUCCCGACGGUUCCAUAUCCCUUAUUCCUAUAAACUUGGUUAACACUGAUUCAAGUAUACUACAUCCAAACCCAUCAUUAGUUAUUCAAGAAUCUUUAUCAACAUAUGGCGAGGAAGUUGAUUGUCAAACAGCAACGACCUUAUUAUUUGACCAUCUUAUAUCUCAGGGUCAUAACAUCAAUACGAAUCAUAACCCAUUAAAUCUAGAUUUUGAGGUCGGAGAUAUAGAGACGAAUGUCGAAACGACUCAUGCAGAAUCCGAACCUUGCUCUAAAUUUCAAGAUUCGAGUGGCAGUAAUUAUAUAAUCCUUAAAAUUGAUGACGAUUUAAAUGAGAAUAGUGUAAGUGAAAGUUUUUGUCAGCACGAAGAUCGGGACAAUAAUACGGAAAAUGAUCAUAAUCAAGAAGUUAUUGGCUUGGGUGACUUAAAGAAUGCCAGUGAUAAUCUUAGAUUCACUGAUGAUAUUAACAAGCAGAAAACCUCAAUUAAGAAUGAAAAUUUAGAACUCUCAUUUGAGACAACUAACUUGUUAAUCGAUUCACAACUUAAAAUACAAUCCUCGCCCAUAACCAAUAUGAAAUUAUUGCCGCUGGCAUCUGGCAACAGAUCACAUUGUACAACAUUACAAUCAAAUAAUUCUGAUUCUAUCAUACCUAAAUCCUCACAUGAUUCACUUCAAAAAUAUUCCGUCAAUAGUCCUACGACCACCCUUUCACCUCUUAAAAAUAAUAAAGAAGUCGAAGAUCAAAUGACAGAUUUUUCUCCUGCCCCGCCUAACAUAAUUUUUGAUUAUGAAAUUAAUCAAGAGGCAUCUUUAAAUUCUGUCGAAGACCUAAAUGAUACGCCACAGUUUAUCUCUAAGACAUAGAAGAUUUUUUAUUUGUCUAUUAUUUGUAAGUUUACAAAAUAUCCUCUUUAUAUUUAGUAUUAUUUAUUGUUGUAUUACAAUC